AUGAAGGCCGGCGGGGGGGCGGCGGGUUCGGGCUGCGGGAGGCGGCGGCGACGGGCGCGGGGCUGCGGCGUGGGGCGGCGGGCGGCGGCCAACGCCCGGGAGAGGGACCGCACGCACAGCGUGAACGCGGCCUUCGGCGCCCUCCGCCGGCUCAUCCCCACCCGGCCGGCUGACCGCCGGCUCUCCAAGGUGGAGACGCUGCGCCUGGCCGCCAGCUACAUCGCGCACCUGGCCAACGUGCUGCUGCUGGAGCAGGCCGAGGGCACGGCGGCCGCCCAGCCCUGCCCACAGCCUGUGCCGCCAGGCACCACCGCGCCGCGACCCAUCUGCACCUUCUGCCUGAGCGAGCAGCGGAAGCGGGUAAGGGCCCAGCCAAUGCCAGUCUUGGGAGUGAUCCUCUGGGAGGGUGGCUCUCAGUCUACACUGUGGGUUUGGGAUUGUCCCAGCCUAGGGUUUAGGGCGUCUUCGGUGUCCUCUAACCUGGGCUUUUCAUCUCUGGCACAGCACCAAGAAGAAGAGAAACCACCUCCUGGUCCAGCCAUAGGUGGACAUUGA